AUGGUGUACUACGCCUACGCAAAGAACAGCAACGACGAUUGGUCAUGGCGUUACGUGAUUAUCGCACCUUCUCCUGGUGUCCUCAAUGAGUGGUAUGAGGCGGUUAGAGGACGAGUCGCCGAAAAUGUUCUUUGGCGUGUCUCCGAGGAUUUCUACGUGUUUGAUAGGAACAAGCUGAACCUUGGAAGAAGCACUGCUGCGGGCAAUGAGGCUCCACAGUUCAUGAACAAGCUUAUCUUCCAGCUGCAGAAUGACAAUGAGGGCAGAGGAAUCUCGACUUUCAACAACAGCUGGAACCGUUGA